AUUGGCCCCAAUUACCAAAUUUCCUCUCCAUUCAGCUCUCACCUCCUCUGUCCUCCGCCUUCAGAACCUCGCACAACUCAAUUCUUUGGCCUAUUUCGUUUACGCUUCCAGUUCUCUCCCUCCUCCGUCAAGUCUCGGCUAGAAUAGAAAGGGACAAAGAGCGCUAUCAGUAAAGUGGACGGGUUGUACUGCUGUAGGGAGUUGCAUCCAAUCCAAACAGCUCGCUGAUCACAGUUUAGGUCUCAUAGGAGACAAAAAGCAGGAUCGGUUCAUUAUCAAAGACAUCCUCCUGGCGGCAAGGAAUUAUGAGAGCUCAGCAAACAAGCUUUUGGUCUCAGAAAAUGGCUCUUCAAGAAAAGCUAGAGGUUGUAGUCACAUGGACUUGACCAACUUAUUGCCGUUUCUCCCUGCACAUGCUGAACUUCGAAUACUAACAUUUGAAGUUCAUAAUAAUUUCAACUGAACUCUAUACGCUAUGUAUCAGUCCGAGCU